CCGAGCUAUACUCCAGCAGGAGAGCAGGCACCCGGCACCGCCCAGGAACGCAACUCCGGCGAGCUCCAAUAUUAUCUACCUGCCUUUCUACCUCGUCUCUUUUGGUCUGGUCUGUUCCCACUCGUAUCCGCUUCGCGUACGGUGUGCCGCGGCGACUAGUCUAGUCGACCUAUCUUGCCUUCUUGUCUUUCUCGAGGCGCGCAGCCACGGCGACCGCGGCGGUCUGCGAGAUGGAGGCGGCGGGGGCCGGAGCGGCGACGCCGUCGCACGCGUCCAUGGUGGACACGGACGACUUCGACCUGUCGCGGCUGCUGAACCACCGCCCGCGGAUCAACGUGGAGCGGCAGCGGUCCUUCGACGAUCGCUCGCUCGGCGACCUCUACCUCUCCGCCAUGGACGGCCGCGGCGCCGGCGGGUAUAUGGACAGCUACGAGAGCAUGUACUCCCCGGGCGGCGGGCUCCGUUCGCUCACCGGCACCCCCGCCUCCUCCACGCGGCUCUCCUUCGAGCCCCACCCGCUGGUCGGCGAUGCCUGGGACGCCCUCAGGCGCUCGCUUGUCUGCUUCCGGGGCCAGCCCCUCGGCACCAUCGCCGCCGUCGACAGCUCCUCCGGCGAAGUCCUCAACUACGACCAGGUGUUCGUGAGGGAUUUCGUGCCGAGCGCGCUGGCGUUCCUGAUGAACGGGGAGCCUGAGAUCGUGAAGAACUUCCUGCUCAAGACGCUGCUGCUGCAGGGGUGGGAGAAGAGGAUCGACCGGUUCAAGCUGGGCGAGGGCGCCAUGCCGGCGAGCUUCAAGGUGCUCAAGGACCCGAAGCGCGGGGUGGACACCCUGGCAGCGGACUUCGGCGAGAGCGCCAUCGGCCGCGUGGCGCCGGCCGACUCCGGGUUCUGGUGGAUCAUCCUGCUCCGCGCCUACACCAAGUCCACCGGCGACCACACGCUGGCCGAGACGCCCGAGUGCCAGAAGGGCAUCCGCCUCAUCAUGAACCAGUGCCUCGCCGAGGGCUUCGACACCUUCCCCACCCUCCUCUGCGCCGACGGCUGCUGCAUGAUCGAUCGCCGGAUGGGCGUGUACGGGUACCCGAUCGAGAUCCAAGCCCUGUUCUUCAUGUCGCUGCGGUGCGCGCUGCUGCUGCUGAAGCCGGAGGCGGAGGGGAACAAGGACAUCAUGGAGCGGAUCGUGACGCGGCUGCACGCGCUGAGCUACCACAUGCGGACCUACUUCUGGCUCGACUUCCACCAGCUCAACGACAUCUACCGCUUCAAGACGGAGGAGUACUCCCACACGGCCGUCAACAAGUUCAACGUCAUCCCGGAGUCCAUCCCGGACUGGCUCUUCGACUUCAUGCCCUCUCGCGGCGGCUACUUCGUCGGCAACGUCAGCCCCGCCAGGAUGGACUUCCGCUGGUUCGCGCUGGGGAACUGCGUCGCCAUCCUCGCCUCGCUCGCCACGCCCGAGCAGGCCGGCGCCAUCAUGGACCUCAUUGAGGAGCGGUGGGAGGACCUCAUCGGCGAGAUGCCGCUCAAGAUCUGCUACCCCGCCAUCGAGGGCCACGAGUGGCAGAACGUCACCGGCUGUGACCCCAAGAACACCAGGUGGAGCUACCACAACGGAGGCUCCUGGCCUGACCGAGGUAGAAGAAGAAGGGAAGAAGAAGACACAGGUGGACACAGGAGGUUUCCGGCGCUCAAACGCCAACACCCACGAGCACGAACUCGUUCCCAGAGCACCACAGCUCUCGUACUACAUCGCCUGGCCUUUAUACUCAGACCGAGGUAGAAGAAGAAGGGAAGAAGAAGACACAGGUGGACACAGGAGGUUUCCGGCGCUCAAACGCCAACACCCACGAGCACGAACUCGUUCCCAGAGCACCACAGCUCUCGUACUACAUCGCCUGGCCUUUAUACUCAGGUAACGCAGCGGCCAAGCAUACAGACCCCCACGCACGCACCACACGGCCACCACUACCGGCCACUAACUCCAGGCCGGCUAACCAGCUAACUACCAGUGCAUGCAUGCGCUAACAACCACACCUAGCAGCCACCAAGUUCGGCCUGGCUAGCUAGCUCCGGCUCUCACGCCUACCCAGCGACACACACGCAUGCCACAAGCACACACAACGCACGCACGCACAUGAACGCAUGACUUAUUUCUAACAGCUCGAUGGAUACUUCAUUA